AUGGCGCCUGUCAAUGGAACCGCAGGCAAGCCCGCCAAGCCCGCCGUUCGGCCCCUCCACCGACCCGUCGUCCCUGUUAUCCCCCUCAACUACCCACAACGCCCAGCGAGCAAGCAAAUCACCGCCCCGUCAGCUCCAUCGUCGUCUUCGAACAAGGCGCAAAUUGCUACCCGGCCAGUUGAGGAGAAGACGGCUGCUCACGUGCCCAAAGAGGGCGGGGAGCAGGUGAACGGGAACGCCACUGGGCAUGGCCCAAGCUCCAAUAGCGACCUCGAUGCCGCAACCCCCUCUGCGCCUCCCGCUCAAGCUACCACCAAGCCAGAGCCAGCCGGGCCAGUGGAAACGUUGGGCGAAUGCGAUAAUCAUACCCCAACCGUUUCUUCCGCGGUCCCUGACCGGCGCAUGCUCUCACCCACCCGCCAUCGACCUCCGGGACUCCCCAACCCCGCACCCGAGCCCAUGGGCACCUCCGGUCGGGCCCCCGAAGGCCCCAUCAUAGCCCCACACCCUGCGGCGCCCAUAAACACGUCGGGUUUUCAUCACCCUCGCCCCAGUAACGGAAGCAUGGGUUUCAACGGGUUUCACGACUCGAACACCUCUUCACCCGCCCCUCGCUCUGGCGGCGGCUUCGCCCCUCCGCCGGGACUUCUCCCGUAUCCGCCGCCUAUGGACGGAUAUGGGCGGGCGCUACUCGUCUCCGCCGUCGAUGGAUAUCCCCCCAAACUUAUCAACCACCAUGCUCCUCCCACACCCCAUAGCUUCCACGGAUCACAGUCGUCUAUGCAAGCAGAGGAACACGCUUUCAACCACUACCCGGCUGCGAACGGCAGUGGCGCCCGCCCUCCCACAACUGCAGGACAAGGCACGAUGCCUCCACCGGGAAUGAAUGCUCCCAUGCCUGGUGCCGGGAAUCCUACCCCGGGAUCCAUGCCUGGCUACCAGGCCCUACGUGACCAGGACGAGGCCUUGUCCUUCCUCAGGCAUGGCGUUUCGGACAACACUUUCCACGAUUGCAUGCUUGAGGUCCACUUUCCCGAUAGCCCGGAAUAUCAGGACCAUCCCGGCUAUCGGCAGUUGCACCGUGUGCUCAGAACUAACGGUCACCGCUUCAUCUUAUCUCGCAGCCCCGUGCUGGCUGGGGUCAUGAAAUCCCAGGGAACCGCUCUAGGCGGCGUCAUCUUGCUGGAGGCUAACGAUGAGUAUAUGCGGUCAGACAUAUUCUGGUACUCACUCCGUUCGCUGUACGGCUGGAGCUUUGCCGACGGCAUUCUUCCCACCGAACUACGCCUGCGAGAUGCUGUAGACGAUCUCAAGACUGCGCUCGGCUACAUUGCCACCGCACGGUAUUUGCAGUUACCCUGGGUGCACUCCGUUGCCAUUCAUCGCGCCAGCAGCCUUCUCCUCUGGAGCACGAUCGAGUUGGCUGUCAAGUUUGUUUCGCGGGUCACGGCCAUAUCGCCACGAAAUGACGGUUUCAACGUCUCGGCGCUCUUAGAGCAAGUUCUUGCCUUCAUCAUUCACAACUUCCCUGCCGGUUUUACCCUCGACGUGAACGCAGGCGAUUACGGCUUCCCUCGUUUCCCCCCGUCGAGUCCUUUGGUGCGCAGCCCGAAUGCGCCCACGAUUGCCAAUGGCACGUCUGGUGGAGCCCAUAGCCGCCAGUCCUCCUUGAGCCAAGCCCAAAUGCCGCGGAAUCCGCGCGUGUCCUCGAACCUUCGUCUAUCCCAGAUCAAGUUUGGGGAUAUCUCGCCAUCCAAGAAUGGAUACUCCCCCUCGCGUGCUCCGACGCCUAACGAGACCAUUCUCUCGCGGAUCUUGCUCAACUUGCCGUUUGAGCCUUUGAAGCAGAUCCUGGAGCACCCCCAUCUGGCCAAGUUGUCCGGGGAGUUCACCCCCGCAUCUCGGCAGUCGAUGAUCAACGACGUCAUUGUCGAGCGUGAGCUGAGGCGUCAGCGCAUCCUGGAGAAGGUGGACCCACUGCUUCGCGUCUACCAGGAGCGAGUAGAGAACGCGACAGGGCCCCUGGUCGUUGGACAUAUGGAUGACUUCUGGGUCAAUAACAUGGGAUUCAAGGAAGAGGUAUUUCCUGGCGACCUCCCCUAUCUUGUCCAUACGUGGUCGCAGCCGACCUCGUCCAGCGUCAGUACCUGA